GAGACCCAACAACAAUAAUUUACUUAUUGAUGUGCUUUUUAUUUCAAAAUGGCCAACUCCAAUCAUGAAUCAUCCCCAACCUCUGAUACUUCGUCAUGGCCGCCAGGCACAAUUCUGCUACAGCAGACAACGUCCUACGGCCGGGAAGUCAAUCUCCAUCCAACACCCACAUCCGAUCCAAAUGAUCCUCUUAACUGGUCUAUCUGGCGGAAAAGCGUCAACUUCACGCUCGUAUCCUUCUACGUCUUCAUGACCUUUGUGCAGCUAGACACUGGCUUCACAGCGUGGCAAGCCUACCAAAACGAGCUGCCUGAUUUGAAUGUUGACUUUCUCAAUGGUGCCGCUGCCGCUGGAUAUGUUGGCCUAGCCGUUGGUUGCAUCUUUUUCAUUCCCCUGGUACACAAGUAUGGACGACGCCCAAUGUACAUCUUCAGCAUUUUGAUGCAACUGGGGUCAUGCAUCUGGGCAGCCGUCUCCUACACUCGCGGUGACUUUGUGGGCAACAACUUCCUCGCUGGCCUGGGCGGUGCCAUCAGCGAGACCAUUGCGCAAAUCACCAUUGCAGAUCUCUUCUUCGUCCACCAUCAUGCGGUUAUGAACGGAUUCUAUCAUCUGGCUACAUUUGCAGGUACCUAUCUCGGGCCAGUUGCUUCAGGAUACAUGGUUGACGGACAGGGCUGGCGCUGGAUGUGGUGGUGGUGGGCCAUCAUUUUCGCUGUCAACCUGCUUCUGGUCAUUUUCUUUUUUGAAGAGUCCAAAUUUGUCCCCAGUGAUCCCAAUGUCGAAACAAUGCACGAGAUUGAGGUGCAAAUCACAGCAGAUGAUGGCCCCGAGAAAGAGAAACCAAGAACCCAUGUCGACGCCUCCAUUCCCAUGAACGGGUACGCAAAACGCCUAGCUCUAGUCACCACGACAAAGGGGUCCAUCUGGCCGGAUAUGGUUGAACCCAUUGUGAUUCUGUAUGCUAUGCCAGCCGUCACGUAUGCCGCGCUCACCUACGGAUCGCUGCUGGCGUGGUUUGCCAUUAUGAUUUCCAUCCAGUCCACCUACCUCUUUCUGCCUCCGUAUAAUUUUACUGCGGGCGGUGUUGGGUUGAUGAAUCUGGCUCCGUUUAUUGGAACGGUCUUGGCAUUCUUCUUUGGCGGCUACUUGAAUGAUAAAUGCAUCAUGUGGCUAUCACGACGAAACCAUGGUGUUUAUGAACCAGAGAUGAGACUGUGGCUAGCACUGCCCAUGGCUAUUCUUACUCCUGCAGGCAUUCUGAUGCUUGGCGUCGGAAUGGCAAAUGGAUUAUCUUGGCCUGUUCUUGCUGUCGGCUUUGGCUUGUUCGGCUUCGGUCUUGUCGUGGCUGGUAAUGUUGCCUUGGCAUACACCAUGGACUGCUAUCACAAUAUUGUGGGAAAUGCGUUGGUAGGUGUUGUGUUUAUGCGCAACACACUUUCCGUCGUCGUUCUCUUUGCUCUCUCGCCCUGGAUUGCCAGCAUGGGUUUACAGAAUAUGCAAGUCCUCACUGCAGUAUUCUGCUUCGUAUUCCUACUGCUACCGGUUCCUCUUCUGAUUUGGGGCAAGAAAUUCCGAAUCGCUACAGCAAAGAGAUACGAGACAAUGGCUCGCCGUCAUGCUACGUACCGCAGUCAGUAGUAGCUAGACAUCUAGUUUUACUAGUAUCCACUUAUCUAGAUACUUCAC